GCUGCCUGAAGUCUACUAUUUUAAUGUCUAGUUGGAGUCUCUUCCUCUAAUGUGAAUUGUAAAAUACAUGUUACUAUUACCAUCUUCAUAUCAAUUUUUAGUUCAUAGGAGAAACGUGUAAACAUCUCAACAGGCAGGCAGUUCGAUUUUCUGUUCAAUCAUUUAUGAAAAGCUGCUGUAUUGUUAGUUUUAUAGGAGGAAAGAAUGGAUCCUUCGAUUUUUUUGCACCAGUAUUGGCUAGAAUUGGAUAGGACAAUCUUGCUCGCUGUCAUGGUUCUUCCAUUUAUGGCUUUCUGCACCAUUUAUUUCACCAAGUCCAUUCAGACAGACAAGCUCAACUUACCUCCAUCCCCAUUGAAGCUGCCAAUGAUAGGAAAUCUUCACCAGGUAGGCAGGCUCCCCCAUAGGUCACUCCGUAACUUGUCUGAGAAGUAUGGACCCUUAAUGCUCUUACACCUUGGCAGUUCUCCAGCUCUCAUUGUUUCCUCAGCAGAGACAGCCAAAGAGAUCUUGAAGACACAUGAUAAAGCUUUCUUGGAUAAACCUCAAACAAGGGCUGGAGAUGCUCUCUUUUAUGGAAGCAGUGGCAUAGCAUUUUGUUCUUAUGGUAACUAUUGGAGACAAGCGAAAAAAGUUUGUGUCCUUGAACUCCUGAGCCAAAGAAGGGUGCAGGCAUUUCAAUUCGCCAGGGAAGAAGAAGUGGAGAAAAUGGUUGAGAAAAUACAGAUUUCAUGCCUCAGUAAAGUUGCCAUUGAUGUUGGUGCGGCGUUUUUAACCAUCUCUAAUGACAUACUAUCUAGAUCUGCUUUUGGAAGGACAUAUGAAGAAGUAGAUGGUCAGCAGUUGGGAGAAUUGUGGAGGACGGCUAUGGACCUGAUUGGAGAGUUCUGCUUAAAAGACUUCUUUCCCUUGUUGGGUUGGAUGGAUGUUAUUACUGGUUUAGUUUCUAAACUGAAGAGGACUUCCAAAGCACUUGAUGCUUUUCUCGAUCAAGUGAUUGAAGAACAUUUGGUUUCCAGGACUGAAGAUGACAUAACUGAUAAGAAAGACUUGGUAGAUAUUCUACUUCAUAUUCAGAAGAAUGGAAUGACCGACAUUGAUCUCAGUCGGGACAACCUCAAAGCAACCCUCAUGGAUAUGUUUAUUGGAGCAACAGAUACUAUUGCAACCACCAUGGAAUGGGCAAUGGCAGAACUAGUGAGUAAUCCAAGUGCACUGAAGAAAGUCCAAGAAGAAGUAAGAGGUGUUGUCGGAGAAAAAUCCAAGGUCGAAGAAAUUGAUAUCGAUCAAAUGGAUUUCUUAAAGUGUAUUGUGAAAGAGACUCUGAGGUUACACGCGCCUCUUUUUAUUGCCCGGAGAACAUCUGCAAGUCUUGAAUUGGAAGGCUAUCACAUCCCUGCCAAUUUGAAAGUGAUGAUCAAUUCGUGGGCGAUUCAACGUGACCCCAAAUUAUGGGAUAGUCCUGAAGAGUUUAUCCCAGAGAGAUUUGCAAAUAAAUCAGUUGAUUUUAAAGGCCAAAACCACCAAUUCAUUCCUUUUGGUGCUGGCAGAAGGGGUUGCCCCGGAAUUGCAUUUGCAGUUGUAGAAGUUGAAUAUGUUCUAGCUAAUAUCUUGUAUUGGUUUGACUGGGAGUUUCCUGAAGGCAUCACCGCAGAGGAUUUAGAUAUGAGUGAGGUGUUUACACCAGUUAUUCGUAUGAAAUCACCUCUUCAUCUUGUUCCUGUAGCCCACUUUCAAAAAACGAUCAGUAACUGAUACGAGGUUAUGUUCUUAUUAU